AUGGAGAAUUUUGAACUCAAGUCCGGUCUUAUCCAUUUGCUACCUAACUUCCGAGGUCUUGAGAAUGAAGAUUCUCACAAAUUCCUAAAAGAAUUUCACGUUGUUUGCUCUGGGAUGAAGCCACACAAUGUUACUGAAGAUCAAAUCAAGCUAAGGGCAUUCCCCUUCGCUCUGCAAGAUUUAGCAAAAGAAUGGCUAUAUUACCUACCACCGGGGUCGGUAAACACUUGGAAUGAUCUAGCAAAGAAGUUCUUAGACAAAUAUUUUCCAGAAGUAAAAGCCUCCAUUCUACGAAAGGAAAUCAUUGGGAUUAAGCAAGCUAAAAGGGAAGCUUUACACACUUACUGGGAAAGGUUUAAGAAACUGUGUGCCCGUUGUCCACAACAUGGAAUAUCUGAGCAUCAACUCCUUCAAUACUUUUGUGAAGGGUUGUCACCAUUGGAGAGGCGUUUGAUUAAUGCCUCAAGUGGAGGAGCUUUAAUUGAUAAGACACCAACUCAGAUUAGAACUUUGAUUACCUCCAUAGCUGAAGACACCAAACACUCAGCACAAGAUGAAGAGUGGUACACCGAUGUGCCACGCGCAGUCAAGGAAGUGAGGACUCCUCACAUUGAAACUCAACUCGCUGAGCUGACAAAAGUGGUCAUGCAACUCACCAAGGAUAAGAGUGCUGAGCCACAAGCACGAGCUUGUGGAAUUUGUCUACAAUUUGGACACCCCACUGAUAUGUGCCCCACACUGCAAGAAGAUGUUGAACAAGCACAAGCACUUGGAAGCUACCCGGAGCAAAAUUCAAGGCAAUAUGAACAAUAUCAAGGCAAUCAAAAUUGGGGACCUCCUAACAUGAGUCAUCAGCAAAGAUCCCCAUAA